AUGGCUGAUGCUGAAGACGAGGGGGUACGAGAGCGCCUCAAAGAGGCCCUCUGGUUCACCAUUGGCAAGAUGGUAGAUGAAGAGUCGAUCCGGCGCAAUCGCAACGUUACCCCGCAGUUCAUUGGCGCCCUGACUGCAAUGGUUUGGCAACAGAUAGAAAAUGUCGCCAUGGAUUUGGAGAGCUUCAGCCGCCACGCCGGCCGCAGCACCAUCACAACCGACGACGUACUACUCCUAGCGCGGCGCAACCAGGACUUGCACUCCAUGAUCAAGGAUGUCGUGGACCGCGGCAAGGCUGCCAAGGCGAGGGCAAAG